AUGGGGGAUGAUAGCGGUUUCCAAGGAGUGUCUCCUUUCGACUUUGCAAUGAGACAGAAAAACGAGGAAAAGAAGAGAAAAGAAAGAGAGCGUGAAGCAAAGGCACAGUUGUAUAAGGUGAACAUGGCAGCUGCUGGAUUUGGUGUUGAACAAGCAUCUAGAACAGCAGACUUUGAGCGUGAAAAGGCUCGGCAGGAAACUCAGCGAAACACCAUUAAGAGUAACCAAAAUAUUGUGGUUACUGAAACUGUUGCGACCAACGAACUGAAGGCAUUGGCUUUACGAGGUAAAGCGGAAAAGGAAACCGAACGACAAACCAUCAUGGACAAUCAAAAAGUCGUGGUUAGUGAAACCGUGGAGACCAACGAACUCAAGGCAUUGGCGGCCCGAGGCAAAGCAGAAAAGGAAACCGAACGACAAACAAAAGCUAAUUUGAAGGAUGUCACUAUUACAGAUUCGGUGGAGGGCCAAGUCAGAAAGGAACAACACAAGAUGGAAAAGGAUUGGAAGGAGGCUGGAAAGCAGCAAAAGGCAGACAACACCAACUUCGACAUGGCUCGAGCUCUGUUUUGA